AUGGUGUCUGCUUCGAAAGCCGCUCGUCUCGCAAAGCGCGGUGACACCAAGAAGAAGGCCAAGGGUGAUGAGACUCCCGUCGAGGACCAGCCCGCGACCACCGAUGAGAAGAUGAAGGAGGUCGAGAAGCUCACAGCCCAAAUGGACAAGCAUGGUCUGUCUGACCGUGUCACCACCGGUGUGCUUUCCUCCCUGCCUGCUUCUCGUGACGCCAAGGUCACCUCUGCCUCCCUGGUGUUCCACGGAAAGGUCCUUAUCACCGACUCGACUCUGGAACUGAACUUCGGUCGUCGCUACGGUCUGCUGGGUGAGAACGGUUGCGGAAAGUCCACCCUUCUCAAGUCCAUCGCUCAGCGUGAAUUCCCCAUCCCCGAGCACAUCGAUAUCUACCUCCUGAACGAAGGUGCCCCUCCCACCGACGAUGGUGCCCUCGAAUGGGUCGUCAAGGAGGCCGAGAGGCAACUCGAGCGUAUGGAGCAGCAGGCCGAGGAGAUCCUGGAAGACCAGGGUCCUGACAGCCCCGUCCUCAUGGACCUGUACGACCGUAUUGACAAAAUGGACCCUUCCACCUUCCACACCCGUGCUUCCCUGAUCUUGACGGGUCUCGGUUUCAACAAGCAGACCAUCAACAAGAAGACGAAGGAUAUGUCCGGUGGCUGGCGUAUGCGUGUCGCCCUCGGAAAGGCCCUGUUCGUCAAGCCGUCUUUGCUCUUGCUGGACGACCCCACUGCUCACUUGGAUCUCGAGGCCUGUGUGUGGUUGGAAGAAUAUAUGAAGAAGUGGGACCGUACUCUGGUCCUUGUCUCUCACUCCAUGGAUUUCCUGAACGGUGUCUGCACGAACAUGAUUGACAUGCGCGGGAAGCAGCUCCUUUACUAUGGUGGUAACUACGACUCGUACCACAAGACCCGUAGCGAACAGGAGGUCAACCAGAUGAAGGCCUACACCAAGCAGCAAGAAGAAAUCGCCCACAUCAAGAAGUUCAUUGCUUCCGCCGGUACCUACGCCAACUUGGUCCGUCAGGCCAAGUCCCGUCAGAAGAUCCUCGACAAGAUGGAGGCCGAUGGUUUCAUCCAGCCUGUCAUCCCCGACCGAGUCUUCACUUUCCGUUUCGCGGACGUUGAGAAGCUGCCUCCCCCCGUCCUGUCCUUCGACGACGUUUCCUUUUCCUACUCCGGUGAAUGGAACGACACUCUCUACGAGCACCUAGACUUCGGUGUCGACAUGGACUCUCGUACCGCCCUGGUCGGACCUAACGGUGUCGGCAAGUCCACCCUUCUGCGUAUCAUGACCGGCAAGCUGAGCCCCAUCGGUGGCCGUGUCAGCCGUCACACCCACUUGAAGCUGGGCAUGUACAGCCAGCACUCCGCCGAGCAGCUGGAUCUGACCAAGUGCGCCCUGGAGUUCGUCCGUGACCGAUUCCCCGAGAAGUCCCAGGACUACCAGUACUGGCGUCAGCAGCUCGGUCGCUACGGUCUCACUGGUGAGGGCCAGACCGCUCUGAUGGGUACUCUCUCCGAGGGUCAGAAAUCUCGUAUCGUGUUCGCCCUGUUGGCCAUCGAGUCGCCCAACAUGAUCCUGCUGGACGAGCCUACCAACGGUCUCGAUAUCCCCACCAUCGACAGUUUGGCUGACGCCAUCAACGCUUUCAGCGGUGGUGUUGUUGUCGUGUCUCACGAUUUCCGUCUGCUCGACAAGAUCGCCAAGGACAUCAUGGUCUGCGAGAACAAGACCGUCACCCGGUGGGAUGGUACUAUCGGAGCUUACAAGAACCAUCUCCGCAAGAAGAUGAUUUCUGCUGGUGCUGUCUAA